CUGUUUCCAUUCUACUUUUUCUCGUCCAAUUAAAUUAUAAUGGCUACGUACAUUUGUAGCCAAGAUUCCACAAAGAAGCAGUCAACGGGACAACCACCACAAACCUUCUAACUUCGAAAUUCUACACAAGUUUUUCUCUUCCAUCUUCUCAAAAAAUCUAUAAAAACCUGUCUAAACCCCUUGAUUUGAUUCUCAUCGAUCAAUUGGCACUUUUCUUUAGCCCCGUACCAAAAUACCAAUAUUGAAGCACCAACGCGGGCUAGGCAUAGUGAGUUCACGGAAAACUCUGUCGGGAAACGCAUCUCAAUAUUUUUUUGCACUUUCAGAGUUCUUCCAGUCCAGCCCUUAUCAAGUAGUUGCUCAUUGAUCAAUCAAAAUGGAAAAGAGGUCGAGAACGUUUGCAAUUCUUUCGAUCUUGAUAUCUUUAAUUUCUUUGACAAAAACUUCUGCUCAACAAAAUUGCUCAUCUUACAAGUUCAACACCAACAACAUUUUUGCCACAUGCAUACCCCUCCCCGUGCUUAACUCUUUCUUGCACUGGAACUACCAUCCCUCCAACCACACCGUCGACAUCGCAUACCGGCACACUGGAGUGACUGCCUCCAACUGGGUUGCAUGGGCUCUCAAUCCCACCGGUUCCGGGAUGAGGGGAGCUCAGUGUUUGGUUGGAUUUAGCAACUCCACCGGAAACUUCCACGUGUAUACGUCGCCGGUGGCGGACUACAGCACACAGUUGGCAGAGGGGACUUUGAGCUUUGGGGUGCCGAAAUCUUCAGGGGAGUUUAUUAGCAAUAAUAAUGAAAUGACCAUUUUUGCGACCUUACAACUUCCCGCCGGCCGCACCAGUUUUAAUCAGGUGUGGCAAAGUGGACCGGUUAGUGGAAAUACUCCUCAACAGCACUCCGCGGGUGAUAACCUGAAGUCUAGCGGAAACGUCGAUUUUGGCACCGGCCAAGUUUCCGGUGACGGUGGAGCUGCUGGUUCUCAGCAACGGAAAAGAAACAUUCAUGGAGUGUUGAAUGUAGUGAGCUGGGGAAUUUUGAUGCCGCUUGGUGCUGUGAUAGCAAGGUACUUGAAGGUGUUCAAGUCAGCUACUCCAGCCUGGUUUUACUUGCAUGUUGCUUGCCAAACUUCUGCAUACAUCGUUGGUGUUUCUGGAUUGGGAACAGGUCUCAAACUUGGCGAUGAAUCUGGAGUUUCACAAGACACCCAUAAGGCCAUUGGUAUUACUAUGGUCUGCCUCGCAACAGUUCAGGUAUUCGCCUUGCUAUUGAGGCCAAAGCCAGAUCACAAAUACAGAUUUUAUUGGAACAUCUACCACUAUGCCGUUGGCUACGCCGUCAUUACUCUCAGCAUUGUAAACAUUUUUAAAGGGUUUGACAUCUUGAACCCUGAAAAGAAAUGGAAGCAUGCAUACAUUGGUAUAAUUAUAGGAAUUGGAGCCGUGGCAGCUUUCCUAGAAGCUUUCACAUGGUUUAUUGUCUUGAGGAGAAAAAGGGAAGGUGCUGGCUCAACCAAUAAAUACCCUUACAACUCCGAUGGUGUAAAUGGAGCUAAUGGCUAUGGGGCCAGGAUACAGCAGGCAGUGUAGCUGACGUUCGUAUUGAUGUCUACCUUGACUCUUGGACUUGUUAUUUAGUUAUUUCUUCACAUGCUUUUGGUAGCUAGUUAUAGUUUUGAUAUGUAUUAUAUAUAUUGGGAGAGUUUAUGUUUGUUUUUUCGUAUUAUUGACUUAAUUUCUUUUAUAUUGAUUUUGUGAAUAAUGGUUAGAAUAUAUGUGAUGCAUUCUUGUA